AGGUAUCUGAAGAAAUAGCCUCAAGAUGAACUUCUUCCUGGAAACGUUCAAAGUCAUCGGACUCUCUGUUUAUUAUUUGCUGGCGUCGCUAGUGUUCUUGAUUGUGCCUAAACGGAAGAAGAAUGUUAGUGGUGAAAUAGUAUUAAUAACAGGAGCAGGAAGUGGCAUUGGAAGGCUCUUAUCUUUAAAGUUUGCCAGCCUUGGAGCCACAGUGGUUCUCUGGGACAUUAAUCAAGAGGGGCUCAAGGAGACAAGUAGACUGGCCAAAGAAAAUGGAGCAGUGGGAGUAUACUGUUACAUCUGCGACUGUAGCAAAAGGCAGGAUGUCUACAGAGUAGCUGAUCAGGUUAAAAAAGAAGUUGGCGACAUUAGCAUCCUAGUCAACAAUGCUGGUAUUGUAACUGGGAAGAGGUUUAUUGAUUCUCCAGAUUCACUUGUGGAAAAAACCAUGGAAGUGAACAUAAUGGCACACUUCUGGACUUACAAAGCCUUCCUCCCAGCGAUGAUAGCCUCUAACCAUGGGCACUUGGUUAGUAUUGCAAGCUCAGCGGGACUGACUGGAGUCAAUCGUCUUUCAGAUUACUGUGCAAGUAAAUUUGCAGCAGUUGGUUUUGCAGAGUCAGUUGAUUUAGAGAUGAGAGGUCUGGGAAGGACUGGUGUUAAGACCACAAUUGUGUGUCCUUACAUCAUAAACACAGGAAUGUUUGAUGGCUGUGGAAGCAAGUGGCCAAUUCUGGUUCCCACUCUGGAGCCAGAGUAUGUGGCUGAGAAGAUAAUGACUGCUAUCCGGCGGAACCAAGAAAUAUUGGUGCUACCACGCAGUCUUUAUUUUUUAUUCGCUUUGAAAAAUAUCCUCCCAGUGAAAGUAACUGUUCUCCUUAUGGAGUAUUUUGGAAGCCUCCAUAUCAUGGAUAGUUUCAAAGGUCGAGCGAAGGAGGACUGA